CACUAAAUAUCACCACUAGGUGGAUAAAUCUGGGUUUUUUGUUUGAUACAACCUAGUGGUGACCCAAAUUGGAUCCAACUCAUCAACUUAGCCGCGACGCUGGAUGAUCACGACUUGUCAGAAAACUGUCAUCAACGAUCGUUAGGUGUUCCAAAGACCACGAAUUAUUUCGUCAACAGUCAAAAUUUGCCACAAUUGACCUCUGCUACCUACUGUUUGAAAGACCAAAUUGUUAGCGAUAGUUUUGAAGAAUCUGACUUCAGAAGGCCGUUCGAUGGAUUCAAGUACAAGCCGCGAUGGGCCCGAGCGGCAAUGCUCACAAACCAGUUUAGUACUCUCGGAAAUGGAUGAUGGAUGGUAUGGGAAAUUUGCUCAUCACGCACAAUGUGCGACUACAAUUCAUCAAUCUACCAACGUUGAAGAGAGAAAAGUGAACUGUGAUCUUUACACAUCGAGCCAAUUACUUGAUAAUAAAGAAUCCAACCAAAUUGACGUCAUGGAGGAAAAGGCGGGGAGGAGCACUAGUUUGUUGGUUACCAAAACAAUUAAUGGAAAGAAUUGCGUGCUCCCAUUCAAAAUUAUCGCUGAAUGCCCCGAAAAACACAUUACUACAAAUUCCAACAAACAGUUGGAUAGGUAUCCAACGGAAGGUUUUGAUUGCCUUGACACGACUUUCCGUAAUCAGAUUGCCAAUUACUUUAGGCCAUACCAACAGGAGCACGUACUCCAAAGGAAGGACCUUUGCGGUGAUUUUUCUUUUACUCCAGCUAGCAAAACAAUCCAUCAAUCUUGCAUUGAGGAUGCUAAACGCCAAAAGGAAUCAAACACUGGCACAUCCUCUGCCGUGAGCUCAGCCAAGGAGCUCAAAGUCGACCGAACUCCUUUUCAGUGUCCCAUUUCCGCGUGUGGAGAUUUUGUCAGCGCUGCUUUUUACUCGUCACAUUUGAAAGUUGAACAUUGCGGUUUGAUUUUGGAAUGGCUCCAUCCUGGACAAGUUCGCACUAUUUUAGUCAACCCUAAGCUCAACAUCCAGCGGAAAAAUCACUGCAAUAUUGCUUACUAUUUAAUUGACAAGCUACGUGGAUUUGGCCAAAGUGAGUUCCAAAACAUCGUUCCUGUCCUUCUGAUGUCCUCAAAAUUUCAGUUCGUUGAUUUGGAACUAGAUACCGACCCUGGUCAACAGUUGAAGCGGCCAGCACAAUCGUCACAAUUUCACUACAUAUUCUGGUUUACGGGAAUUGUAUCGGAAAACCUACAGAUCCAGUACUCCCUCGAGAUUGGUUCCUGGCUGCGGCAUCAUGGGUUAGUUUAUCCACUGUCAGCAAACCAAGAUCUCCAAAGUGUCUACAAGUCCGGUACUGGACUAAUAUUUUCGCAACGGUGGGUCGAUCAGCUCAUCUCGAGGAAAGAUAAAUUGAUGGAAAUAAAGUUGAUGGUGCAGUAA